CGCUGAAAUAAACGAUAUGGCAGUCCCCUUUUGUUGUCAAUCUAACAAAUGUGAUUUUAUGUAUAUAAUUUGCAUAUCACAACGUGCUAUGUGUCUGACUACGUCUGCAGUAUAUUUUUUAUUACCAAUGAUUUUUAAAGAAACGUUUAAUAAUAAUAUCAAAAUUAGUAGUAGGGUAUAAAAAAAAGUUAUAUAAAUAAAAGUACAUAAGGUGUCUAAGAGUGCAUACCUCGCAACACGUCGAAGAUAUAAUCGGCUCACAAAUUCUUGAGCUAUUUUCAUUUGCAGUAAUUUUAAAAAUAGCUCAAAAACAUAUGCAACAAUGUCGGUCUACAGUGCAAAAACGGGCAUAUCUUCAAUAUUAAAGUCAUAUUCCACAUCUGAACGAGAUCAAGUGAAAAAUUCUAUUAUUAACAAUGUGCGAUUCAAUGCGCAGAAGACGAAAAGCCUGUCGGAGGCAGUCUCUGCAGUGUCCGAAAGAAAUUAUAACCAGCCCAUGAAUGAUUUCAUUGAAUAUCUACAGAAGUCUGACAUUGAUAAUGCAAAUUUCAUAAGGAUUUUCAGCGAAGCCCGCAGCAUAGUACAUAUAUUAAGCCCAAAGUUUUCGAGUCUUGUCGAGGCACUACUUAAAGUGUCAUGGAAUAAACGUUCGCCGGAAGCAAUUAGUAUAUACACUUCAUUUUUCAUCGAUUUAAUGAUUGCACAUAGUAAAUAUAUUGUUUGUGGAAUUGAAACCCUUGUAUCACUUUGGAUACCAACUGAUAUUGAUGAAUAUGAGUGGCCUAAAGGUGUUCCGAAUGAAGACAUUAAAUUAAAACUGAAACCUGUACACUGCUUGAUUGAACGUUUAAUUGAUUUGAUACCAAUGGUUGUAGACACUAUUUUGGAUGCCGUCGAUAAGUUAUUUCCAUAUUACAAAAAGCCUGCAUAUGUUGUAGCGGGUUUUGUUUAUAACACACUUUGGUUAUUAUCGUACCAACCGGCUAUGAUAGAUUGUGUUUUGGUGGUAUUGCUACAUAAAUUAAUUACAUUAGAUGUUAACGCUCCACGUGCUGAAAUCGAAGAUACUGAUUGUGUAGAUAUGGAUGAAGAUGAAGAAAUUUUUGAUAUGGAUGAAAUUAAAUCAGAAAAACCUGACGCGGAUCAAAUGAGUCAUCCCAUUGCGCAUACAUUGGAUAUUUGCAUGAAAAUAUUAUUUGACUACUUUGAAGCGAAAUGUGGUCUCACAAAUUACGAAUUUGGUAACAAACCGUUACAAAUAAGUAAAGAAGGCCAAAUAUUAUUUACACACGUAUUAAAUGCAUUCAAUUCAGUGAUAUUAAUCAGUCAUAAUACACAUCAUGUGCAGUUCCUAAUAUUUUUUUAUUGCAGUUUAAAAAAUACGUUUGCAGAAUGUUUCUUGGCCACACUUUGGAAUAAUGUUAAAAAUUUAAAUACUCCGUCUGUCUUAAAGCAAACAUCUGUAGGAUAUAUCGUCAGUUUUCUAGCUAGAUCUAAAUAUUUACCCAUUGCGCUUAUACAAUUUUAUUUGAAAGAGUUUUGUAAUUGGGCGCAUCAAUAUAUACAAAGAAGUGAUAGAAGAAAUAGUUCACUUAAAGCUCAUAUUGUCUUCUUCACUAUAUGUCAGGCUAUAUUUUAUAUUAUAGCGUUUCGUAGUCGUGCUCUAACCAAAGAUAAGAAAGAUCUUGUAUUUUUGCAAUCAUUACAACUCUCUGGAUUGGUUACAUCUAAUUUUAAUCCUUUACGUGUUUGUCUGCCUGCUGUAGCAACAGCUUUUGCUGCUGUAACGCGCUCUUACCAAUUAGCCUAUUGUCAUGCGAUAUUGGAAAGAAAUGCUCGACGCAGAUUGGCUACUGUUUAUAUAAAUGAGACUGAGACACCUGAGGAGACUUUGGAUACAUUCUUUCCAUUUGAUCCAUAUUUACUAAAAGAUUCUGGCAAACGUAUUGAACCAAUCUAUUUGGAGUAUCAGGCACAUGAAGCGGAAGAAAACAGUCCAACAACUACAAAUAUAGCUCAACGCUUAACACGCAAACGUGGCGACUCCGAAAUGGUUGAUGAAUGUGAUGUUGAUGACUUCAUAUUACGAGAUAAGCGACAUAAAGUGGUUGACAUACCCAAAUAUAAUCAUGAACUUGAAGCUCAAUUUACAUAUAGCACAUCCCCAGGAUUUUGUUAAAACUAAUAUCUACUCGUCAACAAUCCUACUAACUCUUUGUGGAAAAUAGAAUCCCAUCCUUUACCCAUUAUAUUUUAUAGUUGAAGCGUAUUUAUUGUAUUGAAGAGGAGAGACCUUUGUCUUAAGUUGCUGAGAUUUGAAAGUAUGUAACAUAACGAAGAUUAGUUUUGAGAAAUGAUCAAAAUAUAUUUAAGAUUCAAAUAGUUUUUA